AUGAAAAUACGGUCGUACGCAAAAAAUGAAUGUGAGAAAACGUGGAUUGCAACUGAAGACUACUGCUAUUCUAAGGAACUACGAAGGCAUAAUUUUGACGAAGCACAACAGGUGUGCAAAAAGAAGGGAGCUAGACUACCAGUUUUUUUGAGUGAAAAAGAAUUUGCAGAUUUCCGAAACAUGACUAAAGAGCCACAUGAUUUUUGGAUUGGAAUACGACAACAGACCAGAAGAAUGUGGAGGUGGCUAGACGGUGCUCCUCUACAUCUUUCAGAAAUAUCGUUGCCAAUUUCUUUUACUGAUGGUUUCCGGUGUGCGGUAUUAAGUAAGAGAGGUGUAGGAUUUCGGAGUUUCGACUGUCCUUCAUAUUGGCAAGAGUUUGAAGAAAACUGUUAUCUACUAGUGUGUUUUAAAGCUUUCAAUGAAGCAUCUAUAUUUUCCAAAGAAGAAGAAGACUUUUUAAAAGAAUUAGUGGGUGAUAAAACUGCUUACAUUGGUCUAGAUUUCAUGUACCUAGCAAGAGACACUUAUCUUCCAGUGGAGUUCGAACUGGCAAAUGAAUAUGAGAGGGUAUUUAUAAAACGUGCUUAUUUUAAUGUUCGCUAUCAAGAAUGUUUACAACUCGACUGGAAAGCGACAAUGAUGGCCUACCAAGCUUGUGAACACACGGCAGAGUUCACCUGUCAAAAAGAAAGUAUGGUUAUGUGGCAACCUCAGUUUCUACUAACAGAAGAUAUUUCUAAAAGUAUUUAUAGGGAGAGAAAUGAAAAGGUUAGAAAGUAG